GGUCGGACGGUGCGCCCGCCCUGUCCUCCAUUCCUCGUCACAGAAAACCUUUCCUCAUAAAAAAACACAACACUUCCUCACACUGCACCGCUCUGCUGCUGUGGCCAGAUGAAAACCAAACAGUGCCCGGCCCACCAGCGACAUCAACUCCUAUCCUACAGAUUUUCGGUGCCGUAAUCAUUCCAAAACCCGGAUAUACUUCUUCUGCGGGGAGAAAAGGCGAAGCGGCAGAUCAGCACAAAAUAAUGAGAGAGGCGCGGCGGGUCGCAGGAUAUACGGACUGAAGCGUUUUUUUUUUGCCACCGCGACUUCCUAUCAGACCGGCUGCUGCUGAAGUGGAGGUGCACCCGUACCUGGAAGAAGUCAGUUCCCAGAAGGCAAGGGGAUCCGGAGAUGCCGCUCCCCCAAGGCAUGCUGCUCUGUCUGGGCAUGCUGCUGAUGAUUGCUGGGGGGGUCAUGGCCCUGUGUGUGGGCCCCCACCAGUCAGCCCCGCUGUUUGUUGUCGGGCUGUUCCUGGGCCUGGGGGGCGUGGGCCUGCUGGUCAGUGGACUCUGCAUGGCCAUGAAGAAUCUCCAGGUGGCAGUGCCGGGACACUUCCUCCUGCAUCCCCGCACAGGCACACGCUUCAGCCCACAGCAGGCCCUGGCUAUUCAAAGGAGGUUGGACCGAAUUCGUCGGGAGAUGUCAGAGGAUUCUGUCAGCAGGAGACCAGAGCCUGAACCCUCACUCCCAUCCACCCCUCCACCCUGGACUAUGGAGCCACCUCCAUCCUACGACACAGUGAUGAAGAGCCAGGAGCACAGUGAGCAGCUUUAACCUCUCACUCUGGUGGACAUCUUUACAUUGUGUCAGUGCCUUUUGUCUUCGGUUCUCAGCAAGAACCUUGAACAAACAGUCGGUGCUAUCAAUGAACUUGAUGCAAGGCGCCUCUUUGUUGCCUUAAGACAGCUGCCCUGAACCCAAACACAGGCCAGGAAACAGGAAGAGACUGCAGCUGGUUAAAGACUUUAUAUUUGUACAGAUUGAGCCCCAGUGUGGCCUUUGUGUCUACUAAGUGUGUACUGAUUGUGAAAGGAAUUGAAAUGAUCACUACAACUGCUUCCCUCUGUACACUAAGGGCCUUUCUUGAGAACACGAUUAUGUAACUUUUACAACAAAGUUAAUCAUCAGUUUGUCUGCAGGCCUCCUGUAGACACCUAUUUAGGAUAUUUGAUUGGCCUGCUCGAAUUUAUGUGACCUACUACUGUGGCUGCACAGCACUCUUCUUCAAACACGACAAGAACUUUCCUCACAGCUUUACAGCUCCUCUUUGUAUCUGCACUCUUUCAUGUCAUACAUUUGUACAAUAUUCAUUGUUAGCUUACUCCAAUGCAAAGUGCCUUGACCAGUGACAGCAGAAUGUCAACAGCAGUGUUAUUUAUCUUUCAGCUUUGUAUCCCGUGUUUGCAGAAUGUCCAUUGUUAAUUCUAUGUUGUGAUGUUACUAUAAACUUGAGUUGAGUCGCA